AUACCGAUGACUCCUCAAAGCACAACUAAUAAACUUUUUUCUAGCUUUUUAACAGCUCAACAAAACCACUUCAAGCAACGAAAGAAGACCGAAUUUGGUUUCCUACCCCGGGAAUCUUUGGGAAGUUUGCAAGAAGUUGAUAUGGAUACCACCGAACAGUCACGGCAGCCUAACAAAUGGUGGAAGUAACUUUACGAUGGACUUAUACCGGUACCCAUCAAGACAGAGAACAUGGAGGCCGUACAAGGAGCUUCAAGCGACGGUAGAACGAGCUUUAUACAAGAAAACUUCAGAAGAUUUUCAUGAACUCGAGGUUGCCUUGAGGAAAUUCAAACCAGAUUUUACUACUUUGCUCAAAAAUCCGGCAAAAAAUUCUGACCACCGAGAGCAAUUGAAGAGAGCCCCAACUACUGGUCUUCAACUUGCUGGCUAUACAGAGAAACAGAAGCUUCCCGAGCGGUUUGUGCAGGAGACCCUCAUUCUUAGUGACAUUCUUGAACUGAAUGAAUUUGUGUGUGUGGAGUUGCUUCUUGCUGGUGAACAGCAGCAACCUAACUUUCCUGGUCUCACCAGAGGUUUGGUGGCAGUACUUUUGUAUCAUGAUGGGCGGAGAUGUUUGAUUAGUGCUUUGAAAACAAUGAUACAGUCCCGAGAGGGAAUAACAUGGACGUUGGGUCUCUACGAAGAAAUGUCACAGCUAGUAACCAAAUUCAGUAACGAGCUUUUGGAAGAAGGAUUGGUAAAGAUAAUUUUUCAACAACUUGAGCAACUUGAUGUUCAAAAUGAACUUGACAAGCUGGAAAGAGGACAAGCCAUAGGUGAUGAACGCCACAAACAGCAACUCAUUGACUUUAUCACAGAUCAGAGACAGCUCCUGGCGGAAUGUCUCUUUUGCUUUGCUUGCCAAUCACCACUCCCAAGGAGUGACAGUCUACAACUGUUGUCUUUUCUCAAGAAAUGCCCCUCUAUAGAUGCUAAUGGCUCACUCGACAGUGUUUCUCUUACUCUGUUAAUGGCUAUGUUGUACUGUUUAAAUGUUGAUCCUCUUGAUGAAGCAGCAGAGAUGCAGGGGUCUUUCCAAGAGGAAAUGUUUCCUUUGUUGACGGACCACAGCUUCAUUCCAGACUUUCAUCAGGAAAUUAUGGGGCAGGAAACAUGGGAAAAUCAAGGGAUGCGUGCAUGUGUUCGUUUUGCUUGGGCCUUGGUACUACGAACCUGUAGCCAGUGGCCUAAUAUUGUUGGAGCAGUAGAGGUACUGGAGGAAGAAGAAGGAGUGUUGGAUCUGGCAGUGGAAGAAAAUGUUUUGAGUUUCCUUCGAUACUGUGUGGUACGAGCCACCAAUUUUCAUCAGGAGGAGUAUUUUGUCCAACGAUUACACUCACUUGUUACUGGAUUUAUUGUCAAGAUGCCUUUAAAGGUUAAAGAACUGCGCAACCAUGGUGAUGAAGCAGCACGUAUUCUCCAGGCACACUUGCAGGAUGGUGUGGAGCCCCCUGCUGACUUGCCAAGACACUUUGAAGAUUUGAUGAGAAUGAUUGGAGAGCUAUAUGAGAAUAAUUCACUUGGUCUUGAACUUGCUGUAGAUUUUUGGUGUCCCUUGGACCCAGGCUCUUUCACUCCCUUUUCACCUUACAACUCAUCAAGAAUUUCACCAACUUUCAGACCACGUGCAUCUCAGAAGCAAGUCAGCCUCUACAAAUUUGUGCGGCUGGCUGGAGAUCUACUGCCUGCUCCACUAUUUGUUCCAUACAUUGAAAUGCUGUGUGGCCUCUCAAACAGCCCUCAAGCUGCUCAUCACUGCUUCAACUUGCUCAAGUCUACAGCUAAUGGUCCUCUCUCUUGGGAUCACUUCUUUGCUUCCAUCAAACAGUAUUUUAUGGAUCUAAGACAAGAUGGUGCAAACACAGUGAUGAUGUAUGGUGGCUUGGCGCGAGAAACAGGCCAGGUCCAUAGACCACACCUGGCAAAUCGUAACAUAACACCUGAGGAAUUAGAAGGGCUGGAGGCAGUGUUAAAACUCACAGAGAGAGUUGCUGAUCAGGAUGAAAAAGCCCGUCUUACAAUGUGUGAAAGCCAAGCUUGGCUUCCCAUUGCAUCCCUUUUCGGCCUGCUUGGUUGCCCUGUGCCUCUUAGGCUUAAGGCACAGAUUCUCUCGACACUUGCAGCUUUUGCCAAGUCUCCAGAAAUUGCUUCCUCUUUGUGGCAUACCCUGGAAUUAUCACAGACAUUGCAGACAGUCCGAACACCUGGGCAGGCUGCACAGCAAGGUGGAAUACAGGUGGAAUUGAAUGAGCUUGAAGCUCGCAGUGAGACAUACCCUGAGACCAGAGCAUUCCUGAAGCUGCUGACUAAUCUUACAGAUAUUCCCCUCCCAGUCAACUUGGGAGCAGGCUACAGGGUGCCUGGGUUUGAACCAUACCUGGCAUUCCUACGAGAUGAGGUGUUUCUAAAGUUCAAUUCAAGAGGAUAUCAAGAUCCUCAUGAAAAGUGGAAAGUUGCCAGUGCUGUUCUACAGAUCCUCUUCAAGUUACUGGAAGGUUACAGUCCGAAACCAGAUGAUUUUGUGGACAAGUUUGUUGAAAUUCAGGGAGGAGAGCAGAUGAAAGUUCCCAAACCUCCUGGAUUAAUUCUCAUGACUUACAUGUUAAAUGACACACCAAUGUUAAAAAUGUUGCUCAAUGUUAUUGAUAAUGCUUCAUCUUCGCUUGAAUAUCUCUCCGUCACAUCAGAGGGAAGAGAACAUCUGGAAAAAGCAGCAUUGCUUUGCCUGAGAAUGAUUGAAAUUGCAUUGGAGAAACAAGAGGAGUUUGUGGACUUGUAUCGCAGUGUACCACAACAAUCAACAGUGAUGAUCUCCCCUUUAGAGGAACUGCUGCUCAGUGUUAAUCCACAGUCAGGCUCCCCAGACUACCUGCUUAAAAUCAUGAAAUUUGUUUCUCAUCUUCACACUGGAGCUGAACUCAACCUAUCUGUUGUUAAGAUUUUGUGUCUGGUCUGCCAGUCAAUAACCGUUCAGAGGCAUUUUGUGAAUCUCCUUACUACUGAUCAGGUUGCCGCUCAGAAAAUACUUAUUGGAUUUGUUGAUCAGUUAGAAAUCAAUGAACCUGAAGAAAAUCUCGGAAAAGAUGAGCAAGAACUGAGAAUUGAAUUCGUAGAUGAGAGCUCGUUUGGAAUAUCACAAAUUCGAAAUGCUGUCAGGCAAAAUAUACUGAGAUUGGUUCUUCAUUCUCUCCAACACCCUCCACCCAAUCUGGCUCACUUUUUGAUGGGCUUUGAGCUCAGAAAACCUGUGCCCAAGACCAAUCUUCAGGAUCCCGGUGUUCUGGGUGCUUCAAAGACCUGUCUCCACGCAAUACUAGACAUUCUGAACAAAGGGGUGGAUACACAUCAUGGUCCUUUAUGUGUUAAAGACACUCCAAAAUUCACCGAGCUUGCAUAUCAGCUUGUAUACAAUUUGUGUGCCAAUAAAGAUACCGCAACCCCGACACUGCGCUACCUGAGAACAAGCCAUGAUUUCCUGUACCGGCACCUUCAACAUUUACCCUUUCUGAAUCUUGCAAAUAUGAAUAUGGGCGAAGGGCAGCCUCCUGCUGUAAUACUUACCAUCAUCAGUCAACAGUCAUGGCUUCUGAAGACUGCUGCCAUUGAUCUGAGAAUGACAGCUCAAGGACGACAAAGAUCACAUGCCCAGAGGCUCCUGAUGCUGUUGGUGGGUGAGCCAUCAGCUCAGACCCUGAUGGGUAAGACGCAUUCACCAGAGUUAGUUCCAAGGAGGUUGGAGGAUGAUUUCAGUGCAGCUGACACGAGCAAUGCUGUUUAUCCUGGCAUAGGACAGACACAGACCAGGCGGAAGCUCUUAACCAUCCUCGAAUCCGUAGAGUUCUGUCAGGAUGUGCCUCCACUCUUACAGUUGAAUUAUUUUGAUCUGGCUGUCACUGAGAAGGCCAUUGCCUCCUGUGAGCAGAAGGCAGAAGAUAGUGGUGUGACAUUCUGUAAUGUUCCUGUUCUUCAUAAACUACUGAUAAGUGAGAUCAGUGGGGUACAGGGGACUGCUACAGCUGGACAGAGAAACUUCUUGUUACAGGAGGUUAAAGACAUUCUUCACAAUGUCGUGGUGCGGAACAUGGUACGAGAGAGUUUGCACAUCAAGAAGGAGGCAUUUGAAGCUUGGAGACGGGUUACAGAAGUGACUCUGGCCUCGUGUUCUGCUGAUAUCUUACCAAAAGAUACAAGGCAGACCGUUAUAUCUGAGGUACUACAGGAUUUACUCUCCAAGAUUGCAGACGAGAAUUCGCUCCCAGAACUUACAUCACCAGUAUCAGGGGUUAUCUUGACUCUACUGGCGCAUUUACGUCAGUGUACCAUUCCUACUGCGCCCUUAUCCACACCUGGUGUAGACAGCGCCAGAGCAGGCAUACCUGUCCGUCCUCAAGCUGUGAACUCUCUUGCUGUUGGUCCAUCUGUAGCCAUCUUGAAGGGCCUGAUAGAGACAGUCUUGCGGUGUGGAGGAGGAUUGCAGCGGGUCAGGGCAAACCUGUACGCCGCUCUGUUGUACUUUAUGCAGACCGCGCCAGAGUCUGAACCGACCAAAGAACGAGGUGUCAUGGAAAACGUAUUAUCGUUAUAUCCGGGGCAGCCGUGGGACACCAGUAUUCUCCCGGUUUUGUCUAGUUAUGGUGAACCAUUUAUGGACACAGUCUGUAGAGAUUCUUGCGAUGGACACGAUGUGGGUCGGAUGUUAGCGUUUUCCCUCCUUGAUACAAUAAUUACCGUUGACUGGCAACAUCGUUGGUUAAAUUAUCUCAACCUUAAAGGCUACCUCAAGCACAUGGUGGACGCUUUAGCACACGAGGACCAUAUGUUGCUAUCAAUGUUGGACCCUUCACCAGAGCCCCUCAAGGCUUUGUACAUCUACGAGUCCAAGAUGGCUCUACUAACCCGUGUGGCACAGUCUACGGAAGGCGCUAGGGUCCUUCUUCAAGCGGGGCUCUUAUCACGCCUGGCAGAAUGUGCCUUUUUGGAUCACAGACCCGAACAUGACAUCGCUCAAAGGCUUAUGUCCAGUGACGUGUACACUCAUGAUCAGGAUACGAGCGCUGUCCUUCAUGAAUCAUUUGUGCCCACAGUGUUAGAGAGAUACAGACAGUUAUUGAUCCCUGCUUUAAAAGUAUCACUGGCAAUGCUGACAUCCUUGGGGUCACAUAAUCACAAAGAAGUAGCUUCUAAGGUUUUACACUUUGUUGUGUCACAUGUGGACGUAUUUGUCAGCAUUCUUCAAGACAGACUGCCUGUUCAAUCAUCCGGGUCAUUAAAGGAACUCGGCCUCGCUACAGGAAUCGUGUGCAACAUGGCACUCACUGAGGCUGCCCUCACUACUGACGAGGACCUUGGUCAAGAGCAAAUCCAACUUAGAGGACCCCUAGCAAGGAUCGAACGCCUUAUGAUUGGUUUGCUGCCGAGAUAUUGUUCAAGCGAUAGCUGGGAGAAGAUCGUCAAAUCUAUGAUGGAGAAAAACGGCGAGGAACCUGGCUCUAAGUACAGUGUUGUCGCCAUGGAAACUCUCGAAAAAUUGCAAAGAAUCUGCUCAAAUGUUAUUGGUUACUGUAGAACAGUCAUGGAGUCAGCUGGUGCAGUUCCCUCGCAUUGUCAUGUGCUGUUUUCACCGAGUUUGACAGAUUCUUUAUCUCGCGAUUCUCGCCUUACUAGAGAAGCCAUUCGUUCGUCAACCGUGGCGCCUCCCCGCCGUCAGGUCAGCCUUGGUCUGCCUGUGACUUUUAUGAAAAAGUGUUGCGAUCAGGUGUUUCAGGCGGCUGAGUUGUUGUCACAGACGCGUGUGAAGCUGCAAAAUGUGACCGACCUGACAACUGAAGAACUACGAGAGUUAAACCAAGCUCAACACGGCGGAGCUGUUCAAGAGAGAUUAUCCACACAGCAAAGACACCAACUGGCACAGAAAUAUCUCGCUCAGAUUGUACAGGGCAAGACGCAGGAGAUAUCCGCUCAGUUGUACAUUAUUGAGAAUUGUUUAUUUAUUCUCUGGCGUCACUUCGAUUUCUACUUUUUGCACUGCAUCCCGUCGGAUGAAGAACGACGCAUGCUCGCUGGACCGCCUCUGAUCAGCAGUCAAAUGAGACGAUUGCAAGAGAGACAGUCACUUACGGGAGCUUCAUCAACAUCAAAUCCUGCUUCAGAAGCAAUGGGAUCGGGAGAAAUUGUGACACGAGAGGACAUCGACGCUCUCAAGAGAGAGGCAGCUAGUGCCCUUACAGAGACAUUUUUGAAGAAACUCGUUGAGAUUGAACAGACGUACGGAAAAAGAAGAACGCGGUUUGGAUUUAUCCAAGUUCUCGUCCGACGUAUCAAAGGACUCCUUCAGAGAACGCCUUCACGCUACGAGAUGACCAGCGGAUCACGUUAAGAAGACAUCGAAACAAAGUGUCUGCCAACUUAUUCAUUCCCCCAUUGUUCAUCGCUUACUUGUCAAAGGCAUUUUCCUGGACUUUGCAAUCGGUUAAGAACUGUUUUUGUCGGUUGUAUGGGUGACUUUUGAGCAGAAAUAGAAUAGUCGUUCAAGUCAUGUACCACUAAGAGCAGUGUUAGCCCAAAACUGUUAAUCCUUUGCGGAUUUGCAGACUCUUACGACGACAUGACGUGACAACCCAGAAUGCACGUUUGACGUUUUAGUGUGUGGUUAAGCCAACAUAAACGGAUUUUUACAGGUGGGAUGUGGAGGGGGAAGUAAAUUCAAACGCGAAGUGCGAUCAGUAUGAUCCGAAGCAGUGCGCUUGGCUCACAUCAAAAAUUGACUCUCGCCGGGUAUACAGGUAACGUUUCGUUCGAACUACAGGAGUGCCUUCUUUCUUCUCCAUUCCCUAUCAAACCCUUUUUGCAGCUAGGAGGAGUAGUCCUGGUCCGAUAGUGAACUUUUGUAUGAAUUUAGAACUGCUUUUUUUUAUGUCAGAUCUUUCUUUGAAUUAUAACUGGCAAAAAGUUUGUACCUCUGUAUAUAAUCACAUAGUUUUGACGUACUAUUUAAAAUAGCGAGGAAUAAAGGCGUAAAUAAAGCUUUCC